UUUAAUCGUGAAGCCAAAUUUUAAUAAAUAAAUAUUAUAAUAAGAAAACAAAAAUGACAGUGACCUGUUUUGUGCAGUCAUGGAUAGCCCUCUGCUGUAGCUAUGGGUACGCGCUGCACCUCACGGUCCAGAUGUGCUUUCCGGCCGUGUGUGCGGAGCUGAUGCAAGCUCAAACGGACGCGCUGAGCAUGCUUGUCCACGAACAGCUUCUUGUCGAACAGGAUGACAACACACGCUUCGAUCUUACACGGCUGGCGCGCUAUAUACGCGCGCGUCCUCCACUCCGCAAAGCCUGGCGUUUGCUACCACCGGGUCUGAAGCUGCCCCUCGCCAUGAUGUCUAUGUGCACCACCACGCUGAUCGUCGUUAUACAAUCCACCCAUCUCUACGACUAGCUAGUCUACCAUUUCACUCUAAAUAUAAACUAUCGAGUAAUGAUCACAAUCCUCAGUAAUUCCACAACCACCAGAGAGAGACAGAAGCAUCUGUUCUUCACUCCGCAAAACCAGGCGUUUGCUACCACCGGGUCUGAAGCUACCCCUUGUCAUGAUGUCUAUGUGUACCACCACUCUGAUCUCUACAAAUGUCUGUGACUAGCUAUGUAGUAAUCAUCACGAUCCUCCAUCUUACACGGAAAAAAUAGUUGUGUAAAAUUUACAGAGAAAUCUGUAAAUUUACCACAUAUCUCUGUAAAUUUUACAAAUUAUCUGUAAAUUUAAUAUAACAGUUUUUCCGUGUAGCGGAACGGCCAGAGAAAGGGAGAGAGGCAGUCAUUCUUUACUCAGCAGACCUGGCGCCUGCUACCUACUGCCUGGUCUGAAGCUACCCCUCGCCCUGAUGUCCAUGUGCACCACCACGCUGAUCAUCGUAAUACAGUCUAGCUACACAUCUUUA